GGCGUGAACAAAAGCCCGCUUCUUCUGCGUGCACGCGCCUUCUUUAGCAUUAUUAUUACUACUACGACAAAAUAAACAAACACUACAUUUAAUCCAUUUUAAUCAGUUUACUAACCGCUCAUUUUGAUGGAAAUGGAGACUUUUAAUCGGCUUCUGUUAGAUUAUCCCGAGUUACUGUACAGUGGAGUCGGUGCUACUGCGUUUGUCGCCGGCGGAGCCCUGAUUUAUAAGAUAGCCACCAGAAAGAAGCCCACGCAUGCCAGUGUGAACUGCUGGUUCUGCAAUCGGAACACAGUGGUACCCUAUGGGAACAGGAACUGCUGGGACUGCCCCAACUGUGAGCAGUACAAUGGUUUCCAGGAGAAUGGUGAUUACAACAAGCCCAUCCCAGCUCAGUACAUGGAGCAUCUGAACCAUGGAGUGUCUGGAAGUUUACCCACAUCUGAAACACCCAAGACGCUGCAGUGGGUCAACUGUCAGAUGCUGCUGUGCAGAAAGUGCAACAACAACCAGUCUGCAAAAAUCAAGCAGUUGGCCUCAUUUAUCCCCAGAGAUGAUGAGAACUACGAUGAGGAAAUUGAAUCCUACAAGCAUCACCUUGAACAGACCUACAAGUUAUGCAGGCCAUGUCAGACCGCAGUGGAGUACUACAUCAAAUAUCAAAACCGUCUGAGGACUGUACUCUUAAACCAUCCUCGCCGCAGCAGGGACUCUGACAAAGCCUUUGUAAAGAGCACACACUCUGCCGCCUCUCCCAUGGGGGUUGUGCUGUUACGUGUCCUUGUCUUCCUCACCUGUGCUUUCCUGCUUGCUACAAUUUUCUAUGGAAAGGCAGACCAGGCUGCUUCGCCGAAUGCACUACCCACAUUAAGUGGUGGCGUGAUCCCUCCCAAACCUAAACCUUACAAUGAGUCCAACAACAACGACAACAAAAGCGGUGACGCUCUGCCUCUUUGGGACAAUCUUCUCCUGCUGCUUCCAGACAUAGCUGUGGAAAAGGCCGUGGUGCUGGUGGAGUACGGAAAGGAAAACCAGCUCGCUGUGGUCUCUGUUGGCCUGCUGACCUGUAUCACUGCAAUCUUCUUAGCAGGACCCGUCAGGUUGAGGAGAAUUGAUGCUGUGGUUUCUGUCCUGUGGUUCCUUAUCAUGUGUCUCUAUUUGGCUGAGAAAUACUGGACUGGUACAUCAGGACCAUUGGAAGUGGCCAAAAUCAGCAUCACCUCCUUCUGUUGUCUGCUGAGCUUCGCUGCUGCUGUGGCAACUCACAAACCCAUGGGUCCACGAAGAGCAAGAUACCGAAGAUACCUUGCAGGAAGCUCUGCUGUUCCCCCUUUAAGCGUUCAGCCUCCUCUGCUCUUCCCCGACCCGGCGGAUAACUUCGUCCCCUCCCCUCCCCCCAACCUCUCCAAACUUAUCAACCGCCAGCACAGUUCCCGCGAGCGCAAAGCCUCCCCCUCCUCGCUGCCCGGACGCCUCAACAGAGUGCUCUCCCUCGGCACCAUCCCCUCCCUGACCCGGACAGAUUCCUGGUAUCUGUUUAGUGGAAGCAGGCCAGCGUCCCUGUGCAAAGAGUCGCUACCUUCAGACUACUUUUCUGUGAAGUCUGCGAGCUGCCCAUCAUCGCCAGGCCCCUCCCCGACUCCCUCUGUGGCCGGUUCAGUCACGUCCAGUUGCGGCUCGGCCAGACUCCGCCGGCCGCUCAUCAGUCCCGCCCGCCUGAACAUCAGUGGCCAGAAGCUCCGUCUUUUCUCCUCGGAGGCAGAACCCUUGUUCAGGUCCCCAGCUGCCUCUCCAUCCCACGGUUUUGUCGAGCCGACCUCUUCAGCGUACAGUAGCUGCUAUUCCGAUGACGUCUCACCAAUCCAGAGCCAAAAUGACUUGACUUCCUUAUUAAAAAACGGCAGCGUGACUGAAGAGAAGCGAUGUAGCUCCUCCGACUCGUCUGCCUGCCAGGUUGACACCACGACAGGAGGUCUGGAGAACGCACCGCCAUCUAAAGGUUUCCUGAAGCGUCUUGUCUGGCCGGGCCUGCUGCUGCUCAGCCUCACUACAAACCUCAUCUUUGCCUCCGUGUACAUGUACCACAACUGGAGAUGAACCACCGCCGGGUCUCCUGCUGCGCCGUGACAUCGACUCGGCGAGUCGGCCUCGUGUACUUUGGGUGUGUGACACAUGGAUCUGGAGGUCAAUGGAUGACAUCAGGACCCGACUGAAGCUGUAACUUCCUGUAAGCAGGCGCUAAAGUGGUAGCAGGUGUUAGCAGGCAGGUUUUGUAGCGUGCGUCUGCCAUGUGAUUGGAAUCGUAAGGAAACGCACUGUGGAAGCAAACAUCAUGUCCUGAAGCUCAAAAUUCUCUGCUGUGUGAGAAAUGUUUUGAUUUUUUAUUAGUAUUAUUAUUAUUAUUUGUCAGUGUUGUGUUCCCUUUUACAGGAAACGUGCGUGUCAUUGAUUUGAAACUUCAGAUUGAUGCUGCCUGCUCUGACAAAAAAAAAAGCUGCUGUUAAACGCACAAUAAAUGUUUUGUUCAAUCGAUGCUGCUUUGGCACAGGAUGACUUUAUUUAUCUUUUCUGAUUGAGAUGUGUGUUAUAUCUCAAAGAUUUCUUUAAAAUUUGAAGUUGUUCAGCGGUGUGUUAAUAUUUGUAGCAUGAAAUAUUCCAGAUGAUUCCAAAAAUGGAUGUAGGUUCUUUUAAAAUAUUCUGAAUGACUAAUUGGCAUAAUUUUGGUUUAAUGGAGAAAGCUUUCACUCUGUUUCAGGGCCUAACUGUUGAACCAGUGCCAUCUUAUGUUUGGGAGCAGGAGAAAGUCGUCUAAAAACAGUGGGAGCGUCAACUAUGACAUUUCCCCGUGUGGUGUGUCUGUGUGUGAUCCAGCAUGACCUUGGCAGCUGGAGAAGGCCAAGGAUACGCCCACCUUUCACAUGGCUGUGGUGGAUGAUGGUCACUUUAAACAUGUGAGGGUGGACUGGUUGUCUGCCUGGGUGAUUGCCAUCCAGGACCCGUGGCAGUUGCAUGGUUUGCAAAUGCAAGGUACUGAUUCUUUGGUUGGGCCCUGAAAUAAAAUAAAACAAUCUCAAAUUGUUGCAGUUAUUUAUUCAGAAGAUUUUGAAGAAAUUCUGUCACUUUCUGGAAUCUUCUGUGCUGCUGAAACAAGUUCAUCUUUCUAUCAGUCUUACAAAGAUCACCUUUGUAAGAGCUGGAGAGGAGCCACAUGCACAGACGUCUUCACCGUCAGGCAGCCUGCUCUCAGCCGCCUCAAACUGGGAGCAUCGAGGUGACUUAAGCAGACAGCUCAAGUUACCAGACUUCAUAACUUCAUCCUCAUCCAGGCCAGACAUGGUGCUGACAGCUGCACCCUCUUGGCCCUUUCUGGAAUCAGUUUGACACCUAUGGAUUAAAAGGUGCAAUAACUAAAUAGAAAUGAAGUAGACAUGACUGACUGUAACACACAUACCGUUUGAUUAAGAAUGAAACGUGUGCAUUUCAGGAAAAUGGAGUUUGCCAAGGUUUGUGUAAACGUAUGCCCACAACUUAGGAUGUGGAUGAAAAUGAAAUCAACAUGAAACGUUGAUUUCAUUCACUACCGGUUCAAUAAAUCAUUAUGUCGCCUGUUACAGAUCUGCUCAGUGGCUUCUUAAAUUUUUUUUAAGUUUUUUGUUUUGUUUUAAGCAGAUUUUUAAAAAAAGGCAUCUUUUUCACGUUUGCGUGUUGAAGGCACAGAGUUUCAGGUUCAGCACUCAAUAAGCUGUAGAUUUGUACAGCUUUCUUAUAAAAUGUCACCAUGUUAAUGAUUGUAUGUCAGACUUUUCUGAUUGGUUGUUACAUUGUGAUUGUGACAAUCCAAAAUUAAUGACAUGAAUGUUUGUUGAACAUGUGAGUUGUAAUAAACUGAAUAUUGUAC